AGCACGUGCAGUUAAGUGUAAGCUAGCUUCAACAACAACUGUGUAGCCAUAUAUUUUAUUUUUCUAGCUUAACGUUAGCUAGUGUAACUUUAAGGGAAACUGAAGCAGUAACACGAUAGUAUUACUUUUACUACAGUCGUUUGCUCUUUCUUAGACUAGUAAAAUGAUAAAGUUAAACUGUGUGAAUCUUGACAGGUUCAUGGAGGACUUUACUCAACUAGAACAGAAAAUUACAGAGGUUACUGGCAAAAACAACGUGUUGGAGAUCAUGUUGGAGGAUGCCAACAGACUCGUGAAAUUCUAUCUGGCCAAGGAGAAGUGUGUGGUUGAGGAGAGAGACAGUCUCCUGGUCACUGUGAACAGACUGCAGCAGACUCUGCAGGAGCAGUGCAACCUCAGAGUGGAGAAUGAGAGACUGAAGAAGGACAUGGCCGACCUGAAACGACAGAACAAGAGAACAGCAGAGGAUGGAGAGGCUGAGCUUCAGCGGCUGGCCAGUGAAAUGAGAGCAGAAGCAGAGAGACACCAGAGGGAGCUAGAGACUGUCAGGCAGCAGUGCAGGAGAGAGGUGGAGGCCGCCCACAGGAAGGGGGUCCAGCAGCUGGAAGCUAAAGAUGCCAAAGGGAAGAAUCUGAUGGAGAAAAAGGAUCUGGACCUGGAGGAGUUGAGGAAGAGGCUGAAGGAACAGGAGAGGGAGAGGCAGAGCGAGCUCCUCAAGCUACAGAUGGAGUUUGGUGCAAAGUUAGCCCGAGUUCAGAGUACAGCUCAGUUGAGCCAACAGCAGCAGCAGCAGCAGCAACAACACGGCUCCAACCUUAUUCCACAGAGCGUCUUCAAGAGGAAGCUGCAGUUCUUCCAAGAAGAGAAGAACAAGGAAAUUGUUGCUCUGCGUCAGAGAAUCAAAGAGCUGGAAGAGAGCCAGCGUGCAGGCAGCUUCAGCGACAGCCGUCUAAAGAAGAGAAAGAUCUAGUUUGUUUACAGUAGAGGCCAGAAGCUGUUGACACGUCAACUCUGCAGAUGCAUGAAUCUCCAUAC